AUGGGCAACUGCACCAAGACCCCUGAGAGGAGACUCUCUAAGGACCGAGAUCUGCGGCCAGAGGAGAUUGAAGAGUUGAAGCAGGCCUUCCGGGAAUUCGACAAAGACCGUGACGGCUUCAUCAGCUACAAGGACCUGGGCGAGUGCAUGCGCACCAUGGGCUACAUGCCCACUGAGAUGGAGCUCAUCGAGCUGUCCCAGCAGAUCUCUGGGGGGAAGGUGGAUUUUGAUGACUUUGUGGAGCUGAUGGGUCCAAAGAUGCUGGCAGAGACAGCUGACAUGAUUGGGAUCAAGGAGCUGCGCGAUGCCUUCCGUGAGUUCGAUACCAAUGGGGAUGGGCAGAUCAGCAUGGCAGAGCUUCGGGAGGCCAUGCGCAAGCUGCUGGGGCAGCAGCUGAACUACCGUGAGGUGGAUGAGAUCCUCAAGGACGUGGAUCUCAAUGGUGACGGCCUGGUCGACUUUGAAGAGUUUGUGCGGAUGAUGUCACGCUGA